AUGGACUCCCUCGACUCCCUCAACUCCCUCGCAAAGCGCGUCAAUGUCGUGGUCUCAGCUUCAACGACCGACAAGGAGCUGGCGGAGAUGAAUCGAGACCCAUGGUCUCAAUCCGCGAAAUACGGCUACGGUUUCGUCUACUUUGCGGUCGUGCUGCUGGUCACCACCGCUCUUAUCCGUUUCUACCAUAUCUGGGGCGACAAGAUCCGAAUCGCCAAGUUCAAGGAGCAGCAACCACCAGUAUUUAGUGGCUCCCAGAACAAUGUCUCGACGCCUGAUGAAUACGAACUCCCUAGUGCUGGCACGGAUGCUUCCAGCGCGCAUUUUUUCCCUCCGCCAAACCCAUCAUCGCCUCAGAUCAAGCGACGGGAAUCCCUUAUCCAAAGAGUUAUUCCGCUGCAGAGGGUGAUCGCGCUGAUGCGCUGGAUCUUUUAUCGACCUAUGCCGGUUGUCAGGAUCGGAAACCUGGAAUUUGUGUUCCCGUCCCUGGCAGUAACGGUGAUUGUGCUGGCCGCGCUGAUUUUCGUGGCUUUAUACUGCUUUUUGCCCCAACCCUUGUACUACUGGUCGAUUGUCCUUGGGUCACCCCCAUUGGCGGUCCGAGCAGGUAUGCUCGCAGUCGCCAUGGUUCCGUGGAUUGUCGCACUCAGUACCAAGGCCAACUUCAUCUCCAUGCUCACCGGGCUAGGCCCCGAGCGGUUGAAUGGACUGCAUCGAUGGUCGGCUUAUAUCUGCCUAUUCCUGAGCCUUGUGCAUAUGAUCCCCUUCUAUAUCACCCCGAUUUGGGAGGAUGGUGCUAUGAUCAACUACCGCACGUUCAUCACGCUCCCCAUGUAUGUGUACGGCAACGGUCUUGCGGCGAUCGUGCCGUUGUUCGUCCUGUGCGUUCAUUCGCUCCCCUACUUCCGGCAUAAACUGUACGAGCUCUUCAUUUUUAUUCACAUCCCCGUUUCAUGGAUCUUUGUGUCGAUGCUGUUCUGGCAUACCAAGAACUUCCUGUCAUCAUGGGGUUAUCUUUGGGCAACGGUUGUGAUUUGGAUCCUCACAUACCUUAUUCGACUAUUCUAUUUGAACUGGAUGAAUCCAUUCCGCAUGUCAUCUUUCAUGAUCGGAGAAGAGUCAGCCGUGACAUUGCUUCCACAAGGUGCUAUCAAGGUGACCGUGCCCACACAGAUGCGCUGGCGCCCUGGCCAGUACGUCUACUUGCGCAUGCCGAGGAUCGCCUUCUUCGAGAGCCACCCCUUUACCAUUGCAUCUCUCUGCAGUGAUGACUUUCCAUCCGAAUAUGGUGAGAAGUACCGUGACUGUACAAUUGUUUUCCGACCAUCCAAGGGGUUUACACGGAAAGUGUUCCACACGGCCUUGAAGAAUGGCCCCUUCAAGACGUACACGGCCUUUUUGGAGGGUCCCUAUGGCGGCAUGCAGCGUGAGAUGGCCGCCUUCGACGACGUGAUCUUCUUUGCCGGCGGUAGCGGUAUCACCGCAAUCGCCAGUCAGCUCCUAGACCUGAUCAAGAAGAUCCGGGAUGGGAAGGCCAUCACGAAAUCCGUCAAGGUUAUCUGGGCACUCAAGAAUCCUGAGACGAUGGAGUGGUUCCAGGAAGAACUCCGAAUCUGCAAAGACCACGCGCCAGCUGGUAUUUUGCAAUGCCACUUCUUCCUAACAGGCGUGAAAGAUGAGCAAACCGAUCGAGAUCUCGUUCAGGAAAAGAUUUACGGAAUGCUGCAAGGCAUCGACAAGCGAAACUCUGCAUAUAUUCGUGAAGAAGCCGGCGGCGAUGCAGAGAGGGAAAAGGAACUACGCCGCGAGAAUGAGGACGGACUUGCUGCUUUACCUGGGGCAUAUACCGCUGCCCACAUCGCUAAUAACCGACAUUAUUAUCAGCCAGGUAUGGAUCCCUAUGCUGCGGUUGGGUCACAAGGGCACAGCAACAAUGCUCCCUUCGACUUUGGAUUCGGUACUCCUCAAGUCAUACCACAGAGGCAACCCACGACACCACGCUAUGCCUAUUUCCAACCCGGGCAAAGGCGAGAUAACUGGCGGACGGAUUACUUCCGUCCCAACAUCUCGCAGAUGCUCACUGGCUACUCAAAAAGCUUUGGCCGCCGAGCCUGUGUCUUCGUCUGUGGGCCACCCAGUAUGCGUGUGGAAGUAGCCAGUACCGUGGCUACGCUACAACAGCAAGUGAUGACGGAUCCGUCCAGAGACGAAAUCUUCUUGCAUGCAGAGAACUAUAACAUCUAA